AUGAAAAUCAUACCUCAUAUUUACCUACUUAAACAUGUAAGAAUUCAUCAUAUUUAUCUGAUUUAAAAUAUAUAUCAAUUUGAAACUAAGUUUAAACAAUCAGCAAAUAAAUUGUUAUAUUAUUUACCCCAUUUUAUAUAAUUAUAAAUUGUAGAAUAAGAGAUUGAAGCCAUUAAUAAUGUAUUCCCAAAUAAAUACACAAAUCCUGAAUUUAUAGGAGCAGGAGCAUUCUCCUAAGUGUUUAAAUGCAAAACAAACAAUAACGAAUUUGUAGCAAUCAAAAUUAUUGGUUUAGAAAAGAUUUAAAAGGAGGUUAUUCCCUACAUGAAAAACGAAAUAGUAUUGCUUUCACGAAAUAGAAUAAUAAUAAUAUAAUUUAAUUAAUUGAGGUUGCUUAAGUUCAACAAACAUUGA